CCAAUCGUGUUUGCGAGCGACGGCUUCCUGCAAGCGACCGGCUACUCGAGGGAGGAGAUCAUUGGCAAGAGCGUCUUCAUGCUGCACGGGCCCAACACCGAGCGAGAGGUCAUCACCAAGGUGCGGGAGCAUCUGCGGGAAGGGAAGGAGGGACACUUUGAAAUCCUCAACUAUCGCAAGGACGGCUCGACCUUCAACAAGGACGUUCACCUGAGCCCCGUCCGCAACUUCGAAGGGGAAGUA